AUGGCGAGGCAAGGAGCCUCGGAGGCUGCCUUCAUCAUACUGAAUUACAACAUCACUAUUGUGGGGAAGAUAUGGCUGGUUCUAACGAUCUUCCUACGAAUAUCAGUCUUGUUCUUGGCUGGCUAUCCCCUUUAUCAGGAUGAGCAGGAGAGAUUUGUGUGUAACACUAUUCAGCCUGGAUGUGCCAACGUGUGUUACGAUAUAUUUGCCCCCCUCUCACUUUUCCGCUUCUGGCUGGUCCAACUUACUUCCACUAUCCUGGUUCAUUUUGUGUUUAUUGUCUAUGUGAUCCACAAAGUUACAUCCAGCCUACCUUAUUCUGAUGCAUCGGAUAGAAUGAGAUUUAGGUCUUUCUAUAAGAUUAAACAGGAACCUUUUCAUGAAGCAUCUCUAUCAAAGUCUAGUGUAAAAGCAGGUACAAGAAGGCUGCCUUGUUUUACAGGAGUCUACAUAUUUCAACUUUUGGUUCGGAUCCUUCUAGAAGCUGGUUUUGGAACAGCACAUUACUAUCUGUUUGGGUUCUACACCCCAAAACGUUUCAUCUGUCAGCAUACUCCUUGCACCACCAUGGUGGACUGUUAUAUAUCCAGACCCACUGAGAAGACCAUUAUGCUGAAUUUCAUGCUGGGAUUGGCUGCCCUCUCUCUCCUUCUAAGCCUGUUUGAUCUCGUCUGUGCCAGCAAGCAGUCAGGAAGGCAUAGGAGCAAGAAGAAGAUAAUGGUGGAGAACAUGUAUGAGGAGGAAGGAUACUUCCUGGCAGAAAGUGGAGCCAACGGUGUUGACUUUGGUGACCCUGAAACUCAAGCCUUUCUGGUCAAUGGAAGCUUCCGUAAGAGAAUCAGCAAAGCCUGUGUGGGUGAUAAUGCCUCCAUGCAUUUAGAAGGUAAAAGUCAUCCAGGCGUCCCUUGUGCAGGAGUCCCUGUAGGUAUCAAUCUGGGUGUUCCCAGUUCUAUCGGGGGUAACGGACCUGGUUGUUACCAAGUGGUGGGGGAAGAGAUAGCAGAGCGAGAAGGCAGUGAAGUGGCACUGUGUCCAUCUGAGCCAGUAGGCACACCAAGGUCCAUACGAGUCAACAAGCGUAGUCGCCUCAAACCUAUGCCUCCUCCUAGACGGGACAAGCCACCAAACGAAGGGCUGUUGGAUAGUUCUGGACCGGUGACAACUUGUGACACAAUAUCAGGACAGUACAUGUUGGGGGAUAUAAGUACCGAUAGCGACCUGAUGUCCACUGGUGGUGACGGAUACGAAAAAAGGUCAGAAUGGGUGUGA